AUGGCCCGCGUGAUUACAUAUGGCUACGAGUCUGCGGUUGCGAACAGCAGCAGCAUGCAAAAUUUAGAAGACAUCGCCACGUCAUUCCGCGAAAGCCUCGACACGCUCAUGUCUUCCCGGAGUGCUAGGCCAUUAAUCUUCAUCGCUCAUAGCCUGGGUGGAUUGAUUGUGAAGCAGGCUCUUAUCACACUAGCACAGUCGAAAGAGGAAGCCCAUAAGAGAAUCAUUCGAGCCGUCUAUGGAAUCGUCUUCUUUGGAGUUCCUCACGAUGGUAUGGACAUCGGCUCACUUAUCCCGAUGGUAAAGGAUGGGCCAAACCGCGAGCUUAUUGGUUCUAUCAGCCGGAUCAACUCGCAGAUCCUCAGCAUUCAACAAAGAGACUUCCAUAAGGCGCUAGGGCCAGAAGGUCACACAGAAGUGUUUUGUUUCUAUGAGACUACUGAAUCGCCAACGGCUCUACAGGAUGAAAAUGGCAGGUGGCGUAUGGCUGGGCCAAAGGCAGUACUUGUUGCAAAGUCUUCAGCCACACACUGUCGGCCCUGGGAGGAUGGGCCAGAGCAUAUUUGUGCCAUCAACCGGUCGCAUUCAGACAUGGUCAAGUUUGGGCAGGAGGACCAUGAAUACGAACAGACACUACAAAGACUCCGAGGCCUUGCAAAACGCGCCCUUGGUGUGCAGCGCCGGCUUAGGGACAACAGCACGAAAUACUAUAUUGGCCGGUCUUUGAUAUUAGAGAAAAUCAAAGAACAAUUUGGCUAUAGCAAAAGCCAGGCUGCGCGGCAGCCCAGAGUGUCGCUUUUCGGCCUUGGUGGAAUUGGGAAAACUCAGAUCGCGCUUGCCUUCACAUAUUGGAUCUACGAUAACCUUCUAGACACGUCUGUCUUUUGGGUUCAUGCGAGCAGUGCAGACCGCUUUCGUCAAGCAUUUACCUCUAUUGCAGAAGAGUGUCAGGUUCCCGGGUGGGACGAUCCCAAGUCUGACGUGCCAAUGCUCGUGCGCAGAUGGUUAGAGAAGAGAGAGCGUGGCCGAUGGGCUAUGAUCAUCGACAACGCCGACAAUAGCGAGCUCUUCUUCCCAUCCAAGUCAGAGCAAGCUGACACCGCCGCGGCAAAUAGCGCCACGACAUCGAACCGCUUGAGCGACUAUCUUCCAGACUGCACACACGGAUCUAUCCUGAUUACAACUAGGGACAAGAAAACGGCAGUGAGAUUCUUGCAGGGAAAGUCGCCAUUGGUUGAAGUCGAUAAGAUGAGCGAAAGCGAGGCAGGACGAUUGCUACACAAGACACUAGGCGACCGGAUCCCUGCGGAAGAGGCCGCGUGUCUCUUUGCACGCCUUGAGUAUCUUCCGCUGGCCAUCGCGCAGGCAGCCGCAUUCAUUCAAGAGAACAGCAUAUCGACCGACGAAUACCUUCAAAUCCUGGACGAGAACGAAGAUACAUUUGUUGAGCAGCUCAAUGAGCCAUUUGAAACAGUCGGCAGGGACUCGGAUACACCAAAUGCAGUCACAGCUACAUGGAUCGUCUCUUUCAAUCAGAUCCAACGACAAGACAUUCUCGCUAGCGAGAUCUUGUCCUUCAUCAGUCUCCUAGACCGCCAAGCCAUUCCGAAAAGUUUUAUUAUGAGCUACUGUGAUGAGAGUUGCAAAAGCGUACAACAGACCAGUAUAGCAGGGGUUACCAAAGCACUAGGUACCCUCAAAGCAUUUUCACUCGUGGCAGAGACAAAAGACAACACAAUUGACAUGCACCGAUUGGUCCAGCUAGUAACACGAAAGUGGCUUGUAAUGCAAGACAAGUUUGCUGAGUUCGCAGAACGCGCUCUGAAGACGGUGUCUGAGGCAUAUCCUUAUGGACGCCAUGAGACUCGGCAGGCUUGUGUGGACUAUCUUCCUCAUGCUAUUGCUGUGCUCGGUAACAAUGAAACCGGGUUCGGUCAGUGGAAGGAAGCGGAGUUGAGCGCAGUCCAGUCAGUGAACAUACGACAAGAGGUUCUUGGGGAGGAAGAUCCUGACACGCUCAUCAGCAUGAGUAACCUGGCUGUAACAUACCGGAACCAAGGCCGAUGGGAAGAGUCGGAGAAGCUGGAGGUAAAAGUGAUGGAGAUGUGCAAGCAGAAACUGGGGCCUACCCAUCCUGACACGCUUACCAGCAUGGCCAACCUGGCUUUCACCUGGUAUUCUCAAAAACGCAUCACUGAUGCUCUUGAUUUGAUGGACUCAUGCGUCCAAAUCCGCCUUGAAGUACUGGGAACGGAGCAUCCAGACACCUCUUCGUCUAUUAAAGCCUUGGAAAACUGGCGUGCCGAGCAGGUAAUUCCACCUCUGACAGAUUUAGGCUAA